AUGAAUGCGGGCAUCGGAACUCCUAAACAGGACUUCUCCGUGGAAUUCGACACCGGCAGCGACCUCUCCUGGCUCCAGUGCAAGCCCUGCAACCAUUGUUACCCACAAAACGACCCACUUUUCGAUCCGGCCAAAUCAUCCACGUAUAGCAGCAUCCACUGCGGCUCAGCUGAGUGCGCCCAACUCGACCCUGCCCGCUGCUCUGCCGGCCGGACGUGCCGCUACGAAAUCCAAUACGACGAUAAGUCCAGGUCCUCUGGGAACUUCAGCCACGACACGCUUACUCUGAGUCCCUGGGACCUGCUGCCGAACUUUAGGUUCGGCUGCGGCGAUCAUAACAGAGGGUCGUUUGGUCGGGUUGCCGGUCUGAUCGGCUUAGGCCGCGGCGAGUCCUCGCUGAUCUCGCAGGCCUCGCAAAAGUACAGAGAGAUCUUUUCCUACUGCCUACCGUCAAUAGCGAGCUCGACUGGCUACCUGCUAGUCGGCAGUACAGGCAGCCCGCCGGCCGGCAUACGAUACACGCCGAUGAUACGCGAAGCGAGCGAUCCGUCAACGUACUACGUAAAACUCGUGGCGAUCAAAGUCGGAGGCAAGAAACUGGAUAUAAACCAGAAGGUGUUCUCGACAGCCAGGACGCUGAUGGACUCCGGGACGGUGAUCACCAGACUGCCGCCGGCCGCGUUCUCCGGGAUGCGGGCGGUGUUCCGCCGGCACAUGGCGAACUACACGACGGCACCCGCGGACUAUGAACUGGACACGUGUUACAAUCUGAGCGGGCACGAGGUGGUGAAGGUGCCGGCGGUGGAGCUGGUGUUCGACGGCGGAGCGAGCCUCAAUCUGGACAUCGACGGCAUAAUGUUCGGCGAGCCAGCGCAGAGCUGUUUAGCGUUUGCUGGAAAUAGUAACGACCAACAACUGAGUAUUAUUGGAAACACGCAGCAGGUGAAGGUUACUGUGGUGUAUGAUAUCUCUAACCAACGGAUUGGUAUUGGAGCCAAAGGUUGUUCCUGA